AUGGGUUCAAUCGAGCCGGUACAGGAUGCGUUGAACGUUCUUAUCAUCGGCGCAGGUGAAUUCGAUAUGCAAUCGGUCCAUUUGAAACGGAGGGGGCUGACAGCAUCUCAGGUCCUGUCGGUCUGGCACUCGGACUUGACCUGGGACGCCGUGGCAUCCGCUCCACCAUCAUCGAGCGCAAACCUGGCACAGCGACGGAGAUCGAGGCCAAAGCCAGUGUACUCAAUGAGCGGACCAUGGAAUACUGUCGUCUUCUCGGCGUGAGAGAUGAAGUCGCCAACGCAGGCUAUCCGCAAGAUCUCCCUGGGGACACCGUCUACUGCACAUCGAUCAACGGCAGGUUGAUUGGCCGCCUGGAAAUGCCUUCCUAUCAGGAGCGUGAUCUGCCUGAGGAGAGCAGCGAGAUGUUGCAGAGAUGUCCGCAGUGCUGGUUUGAUCCCGUGCUUGCUAGAGCGAUUGAGAGGCAAGGAAUGGCGACGCUUCGAUACGGUCUUGAGCUUGUGGAUUGCAAGCAGGACCAAAGCGGCGUGACGUGCGUUGUGAAGCUUGUUGAGGGAGGCGAGGAAGAAGAGAUCCGCGCUCAGUAUGUCGCUGCGUGUGACGGUCCGUCAUCCAAGGCCCGCAAGGCGCUGGGGAUCCCAUUCAACGGCAAAGAUCUCGGCCACACUCUCAGCGCCGUCGUAGAGAUCGAAGACCUCUGGAGAUAUUGUGCGUUUGGCGAGCCCAAGGCAGAGCGAUACAUGUUCAUCGGUCCGGACGGAACCUGGGGCAACUUCACCACCGUCGAUGGCGGUAAUCUAUGGCGCUUCUCCGUUGUCGGAAUGGAAGGCAAGAUCGGCGACAUCAAGUCCUACGACAUCAGCCCUCUUGUCAGGAAAGCCCUCGGCCGUGACGACAUUCCCUUCACUAUCCGACGUGUCCUGCAAUGGCGUAGAAGCCAGUAUACCGCGGACCAGUACAACGCAGGUCGCAUUUUUCUCUGCGGAGAUGCAGCUCACACCAUGUCACCGACUGGGGGCCAUGGCCUGAACACCGGACUCGGAGACGCAUCCGAUCUCAGCUGGAUACUGCAAGCUCUCCUCGAAGGCUGGGGAGGCCAGCACCUAUUGCACGCCUACCAGACUGAAAGACGCCACAUCGCCAUUCGCAACGGUCAGGGAUCCACCAAGAACUUCGGCAUCUGGAAGGAGGACAAGGGACGUGAUAAGGUGCUCGAAGACGGCCCCGAAGCCGACGAGCAGCGCAAAGCCAUUGGCGAGAGAAUGGCAGCCACCAUGCGUCAAGAAUUCCAAUCCAUUGGCCUUGCGCUUGGAUAUGACUAUGCCAGCUCACCCCUCGUGGUACCCGAUGGCACGCCCGCGCCGCCAAACGAGCCGGAGCUGUACAUCCCGACUUCGAGACCGGGUCAUCGAGCGCCACACAUCUGGCUGGAAGAGGGACGUGCUACGAUCGAUCUCUUCGGCAAGGGGUUUGUGUUGCUCUCUUUCGGGCCUGAAGCGCCGGACGCGCAGGGCAUUAUCAAGGCUGCUCGCAGAGUCGGGUUGCCACUCGACUGCGUUUCCAUCGAGCACGAGAAGGCUGCGGCCCUUUACCAGCGGAAGCUCGUGCUCGUGCGCCCAGAUGGUAUGGUAGCUUGGAGAGGAGAUACGCUUCCGGAGAACGUUGAGUCGCUUCUCGAUCGCGUGCGAGGCGCUGAGACCAUUGCCAUCUGA